AUGAUCCCCCCCUCGAUCAGCCUCUCGGAUUUGCACCAACGCAUAAAUGAAGUCACGCGGUUCCUCGCUGCCACUUUGAGCAUCGCAAACGCGCACACGGUGGAGUUUUACACGCACGACGUGUGGAGUCGCUUCGUGGCCGUCAAGCCCGAGGAGGUGCUGACUGCAUUUGAUACGGGUGGCCACAAGAGGGAACCAGAAAUCCAAAAACAAACCGAGCAAUCCAGAAGCACAUUUGGGUUUUGCCAAGACACUAACCGGCUGGUUGAUGCUCCUGAAUUAUUGCGUGCGGCAAAGGCCCAUUCGCUUCCUGCUUUGGGGGUCUGCAUGAGCCGGGACCAACUUUUAGAGGCCCUCAGACAGAAGCCAUCGGAAUUAGGCGCCGAAACAGGUGUUGAAUACGAGUCGGAUGAGUUCAUGAACACAAAAAAGUCGCAUGAGGUCCAGUCCAUGGCGGAGGUGGUGGACUGUUUAGCCAAGCACUGUGGCGUCAAACAGGUGAUAGACGUAGGUUCGGGGAAGGGCUACCUGAGCUCCUUCCUGUCCCUGCAGCACGGGUUACGCGUCUUUGGCAUCGACUCAUCUAGCACCAACACACAUGGUGCCCAAGAGAGGAACCGCAAGCUGAAAAAGUUCUCCAAGGCGUACCAGAAGUGCAGAAAUGCAUCAAAGGAAAUAGAAAAGAAGCCAGUAGUCACAGACAUCAAAGUUGCAGAAGAUAAAGAUGCACUGCAGGAGCCGCACACACCAGAUCUGAACCCCAUAGAGGAUUUCUUCUUCAAUGCUAUGUCAUUAGAGGCGACACAGUCUGAGAGGGCUUCCACAAGGUCACUGACUGAUGAGGAGAAGGAGAGGAGAAAGCAGGAGAACCUUGAGAGGAAAGCCCAGAGCAGAAACGGCGCGACAGGCGCAGUCUUUUCUCCACUUACGUCCUACGUUACCGCUGAAACAGAGCUGAAGGAGCUCAUCGACGAGCUCGAGGAUGCAGUCCUGGUUGGCCUGCACACGUGCGGCGACCUGGCCUCCAGCACACUCAGGAUGUUCACGGCGAAAACCGAGCUGCUCGCUGUCUGCAGCGUGGGAUGUUGCUACAACAAGCUCACGGAAGAGUUCGAACCCAUCGCCAAAGUUUCACAAGACUCGUUCGGGUUCCCUCUCAGUCAGCACCUUCGAAGCCACUCGUGGUUCUGCGGACGGAACGCCAGGAUGUCGGCGUGCUUGGCGCUGGAGAGAGUCACAGAGGGCCACGGGAUUCAAAUGGAGUCGCUCUUCUACCGGGCGGUCCUGCACGUCAUUCUCCGGGACCACUACGGCGCCUAUAAAAGUGACAAGCGAGUGGGGAAUGUCUACGCCAAAGCAAAAUCUUUCGUGGAUUACGUUCGACGCGCUCUUCGCAAACUGGACUUGGACGAUGCACAGCUCUCCGACGAUGAAAUUAAACAGUACCACGACACGCAUUUGCCACGCUGGCCUGAAAUCCAUGCUUUUAAUUUGUUGAAGGUCACCCUAGCACCGUGUAUUGAAGGCCUCAUUCUUCUGGACCGCCUUUGCUACCUCAAAGAGCAGGAUGCCGGAUCCUUUUCUGCUUUGGUGCAACUGUUCGACCCGCUUUUGUCGCCGAGAUGUUACGCCAUCGUCGCAUUGAAGGCAUGA